UAAUUAAUAUAAAAUUCGUAGUUGGAACUUGGAAGGAAGACAUUGUAGUUAGCUUAGAAUGUCUCAGGAGGCUUCACACUUUGAGUUUCCAAGCGGUGCCGGCGAGGUAGCCUUGGGAGUGGAGCGGCUUAUCAAGGAAACAAACGAGGAUUUGAAAAAUUUUCGCGUGGAGCAAUCAGAUCUGCGAUCGCUCAUUAGCGCCGUAUUACUUGAGAAUCGUCAAUUGACUGGCGAACUGGGCAAGUAUAAGCGAGUUGUGUGGUCCAGCAGCUCGGAGAAACUACAGGAGCGUUUAGAUAUAACGAACAAUGCCUUGACCAAAGCCAUGGAUCAGAUUGAGGCGCUCAAAAAGGAGAAACAUUGUUUAAACACAUUGCAGGAAUGCUCACAGCGCACCAUCAAGAACAUGGAGGCGGAACUGGACAGUUGUCGUGCUCAGCUCUCUAACGGAGAUAAUGAACAGAUGGUGCAAUCGUAUAAUAAAGCUAUCAAGGUACUGGAGGGCAGGCUAGCUGCGCAACAGGAGGAACUUCGUACCCAGGCCAAACUUAUUAAAGCUCUGCACGAGCACAAGCAGCGCUGCGGUGAGCAGAUCGACCACUUGCAGUCCCAGUUAAAGGACCGUCAUCGUGGGGAAGUCACACGGGAGGACAAUCAAGCUAAAGUCACAAGUCUACAAAAGCAGAUCAGAGAAUUCGAGAAAUCCUUGCAGCACACCCGUGCUUUACUAGAUGAAAGUAAGAAGCGCGAGAUCGAGGCAAUGCGCAAAGUUCAAGAUGCGAUCGCCAUUAGUGAGGCAGCUGUCCGUGAAAAGGAUGAAGCGGAGAAACGUGCCGCAUCAUACAAGGAAGAGGCCAGCAAUCUGGCAUUCAAUAUUGGCACCAUCAUGGAUGAAGCUGCUAAACGUGUAGACAACGAAGUUGCUCAGCUCAAGACAAAGAUAGCAGAGAAGGACAAAACAAUUGCCUUGAUACGUGAAAGGAUGAAGACUCAGAUGGUGGAGCACAAGACUGCAAUAGAACUGUUUGAGUCUCGAAACAAUCGUUUAAGUCUGAAAUAUAAAGAAGCCCUACGACAGAACGAGAAGUUGGAGAUGCAAGUGGAGUCUUGUAACAAGCGUCUAAUUGAACUUGAGCAGUGUGCCUUUAACGAUGAAACACAUUAUUUAGCGUCCAAAAAAGGUUACGAAUCUCAAAUACAUGAUUAUAUGCUUUCAUACAAGGCACUCAAAUCACAUUAUAAACAAGUUUUGAAUGAUUUAACAAAGAGGUUUGAGAGAGUUAUAGAAAAGCAAAAGUAUGAACUACAGGCCGACAACGACUUGCUGAGUGGCGCUGUCGGAGAUGGGAGAUAAUAGUUUUUUAGUAUGAAUUUGCUUAUAUAUAUAUUUUUUAAUU